CGGUAGGGUUGCUGAGGAAAGUACAAGCCGAAGUUGGGGGGAGGGCUGUCACCGAGUCCAUUUGUCCACCUGAAACUUUCACACAGACUCUUCUGAGAAGGGGGGACGCGAAGAGGAAGAUUCGAAGGUUGUUCACCGUGGGAUUCGAUGUUUCGCCCACAAUGACACGACCAACCCGUCUGCUCAGACGGUACGCCCUGUCGAAGCUCCAUUCUGGGAAUCUGACAAAAAAUUCCGCAACGCCAUGGGUACCCAUGCGGAGAUCACUGUCUACUCCCAGCACACAGCCGAACCGUCUCCCCUUGGAAGGUCUCAAGAUCCUCGACCUGAGCCGGGUCCUUGCCGGGCCGUUCUGCACGCAAAUCCUGGCCGACUACGGCGCCUCCGUCCUCAAGGUCGAGCAGCCCGGGGUCGGCGACGAGACGCGUCAGUGGCGCACGCACAACGAGUCGCAGAAGUGGAAAGACCAGUACCGGUUGAUGAGUCUGUACUUUGCGGCCGUGAACCGCAACAAGAAGUCCGUGACCGUCAACUUCAAGGACGACAGAGGCCGCGAGAUCGUGACCAGGCUCGCGAGAGAGUGGGAGGGCGGCGUCGACGUCGUGGUGCACAACUUCUUACCCGGCAAAAUGGAGGGUAUGGGCUUGGGGUACGACGACUUGAAAAGCGCCAUGGGCGGCGCCGGGGAGAAAUUGAUCUACGCCGCCGUCAGUGGGUAUGGGCCAUCAGGGCCCAGUGCGCAACGAGCUGGGUAUGAUGCUAUUGCCUUGGCCGAGGCCGGGUUGUUGCAUAUCACGGGUGAAGCGAGCGGACCUCCAUCGAAACCUGGUGUUGCCAUGGCCGACUUGUGCACGGGCUUGUACACGCAUGGCGCAAUCCUUGCGGCGUUGCACCAGAGGGACAGGACGGGGAAAGGGUGCUUGAUUCAAGGAAGUCUAUUUGAGAGCAGUCUGAGCCUGCUCAUCAAUGUGGGGCUGGCGAGUCUGAACCUGGACGUUGAUAAAGGUGCCGAAGGAAGGAGAAGAGGAAAGAGACUAGGUUUAGAACACCCUAGCUUGGUACCGUAUGGAGGGUUCGAGACGAAAGACAAGAAGAUGAUGUACGUGGCGGCGAACAAUAAUAGACAGUGGAAAGGGUUCUGCGGACGUAUGGGAAUCGCUGGGUUAGGUGAGGACCAGAGAUUCAGUACGAAUGAUGGGCGCGUCGAGCACAGGGAAGAGAUUAAUCGGAUUUUGCAGGAGAAAUUUCGGGAGAAGACGAAAGACGAGUGGAUGACUGCAUUUGAAGGCAGUGGAUUGCCAUAUGGUGCGAUCAACGACGUGGUCGAGGCGUUGGAGCAUCCUCAAGGGAAAGCCCGGAAUAUGGUGGUCGACGUGGAGGACUUUGAAGCAGCAAGAGAUGGUAUGCUCAGGCUGAUUGGACCUGCCGUGAAGUUUGAGGGAGCACAGAUGAAUGUGAGGCUAAAGCCACCAUUGUUGGGUGAGCAUACCGACCAGGUUCUGGGGGAGCUCGGCUAUGACUCCGCUGAGGUCGCUGAGCUGAGGCAGUCUGGAGUUGUCUGACCAGCAACCACCGGUCUUCACAGGCUAGACGUAAAUAUAGACCAAAAGAAGAUAGAAAUGGGUGGUUUUGUUCAGAGACCAUCGUGGAGAUCCGG